UAAAUGAGAACGUGUUCUCAAUUUGCCUACCUGGUUAAAUAAAGGUGAAAUAAAUAAAUAAAUAAAAUGUAUCAAACAUAACCCUUUACCAGGUAGGACAUGAGUAAUGUAUCAAACAUAACCCUUUACCAGGUAGGACAUGAGUCAUGUAUCAAACAUAACCCUUUAUCAGGUAGGACAUGAGUAAUGUAUCAAACAUAACCCUUUACCAGGUAGGACAUGAGUAAUGUAUCAAACAUAACCCUUUACCAGGUAGGACAUGAGUAAUGUAUCAAACAUAACCCUUUAUCAGGUAGGACAUGAGUAAUGUACCAAACAUAACCCUUUACCAGGUAGGACAUGAGUCAUGUAUCAAACAUAACCCUUUACCAGGUAGGACAUGAGUCAUGUAUCAAACAUAACCCUUUACCAGGUAGGACAUGAGUCAUGUAUCAAACAUAACCCUUUACCAGGUAGGACAUGAGUAAUGUAUCAAACAUAACCCUUUAUCAGGUAGGACAUGAGUAAUGUAUCAAACAUACCCCUUUACCAGGUAGAACAUGGGUAAUGUAUCAAACAUAACCCUUUACCAGGUAGGACAUAAGUAAUGUAUCAAACAUAACCCUUUACCAGGUAGGACAUGAGUAAUGUAUCAAACAUAACCCUUUACCAGGUAGGACAUGAGUCAUGUAUCAAACAUAACCCUUUACCAGGUAGGACAUGAGUCAUGUAUCAAACAUAACCCUUUACCAGGUAGGACAUGAGUAAUGUAUCAAACAUAACCCUUUAUCAGGUAGGACAUGAGUAAUGUAUCAAACAUAACCCUUUACCAGGUAGGACAUGAGUAAUGUAUCAAACAUAACCCUUUACCAGGUAGGACAUGAGUAAUGUAUCAAACAUAACCCUUUACCGGGUAGGACAUGAGUAAUGUAUCAAACAUAACCCUUUACCAGGUAGGACAUGAGUAAUGUAUCAAACAUAACCCUUUACCAGGUAGGCCAUGAGUAAUGUAUCAAACAUAACCCUUUACCGGGUUGGACAUGAGUAAUGUAUCAAACAUAACCCUUUACCAGGUAGGACAUGAGUAAUGUAUCAAACAUAACCCUUUACCAGGUAGGACAUGAGUAAUGUAUCAAACAUAACCCUUUACCGGGUUGGACAUGAGUAAUGUAUCAAACAUAACCCUUUACCAGGUAGGACAUGAGUAGCACAGCUGUCUUAUCUUUCUGUUAUUCUCAACCUGAUUGACUCAAUGUUAUCCUGAUUCCAGAUCUGUUUGUUAUGUCACCUGACAAUGACCAUAUGUAUUGGCAAGACAGCACAAACAGAUCUGGGACCUGGCUAAAUCAAUGUGGCUGUAUGUAAUGAAGUAGCCUGGUUAUACGAUGCUCUGUGAUUUGUAGGGAGAGUCUGAGUUUGCCCGCAUCAUGUCUCUAGUGGAUCCCAACGGGUCCAACAAGGUGACCUUCCAGUCCUUCGUUGACUUCAUGACUAGAGAGACGUCCGACUCAGACACCUCAGAGCAGGUCCUCGCCUCCUUCAAGAUCCUGGCUGCUGAUAAGCCCUUCAUCCUGCUGGAGGAGCUGCGUAGAGAGCUGCCCCCAGAGCAGGCAGAGUACUGCAUCGCCAGGAUGCCCCUCUACAAUGGGCCUGAUGGGGUCCCAGGGGCCCUGGACUACACUGUCUUCUCCACUGCCCUCUACGGGGAGAGCGACCUCUAGCUUCACACUCCAGAAAUGCACCCUGACCUCGUAUCAGUCUCGCCCCAUUUUUGUUCCACACAUUUACAUCUAAAUUGAUUCAUAUUUUGACCGGUACUAAAAGGUAGUUAUGUUUGAGAAAUACAAACGCAUUUUAAAGCCGUUUCAUGAGUGUAUGAUUUCUAAAGAGUAGGGAGAAAUAUUUAUUUCAAAGGACUGAGCAGGAUUCAUUCACUAGAUUUAAAAAAAAUGAUGACUCAGUAAAUGUGAAAUUACAUGUGAUUCACAUAAAAGUAACUUACACAUAAAAAGUAACUUGCACAUAAAAGUAACUUACACAUUAAAAGUAACUUACACAUAAAAAGUAACUUGCACAUAAAAAGUAACUUACACAUAAAAAGUUACUUGCACAUAAAAGUAACUUACACAUAAAAAGUAACUUGCACAUAAAAGUAACUUACACAUUAAAAGUAACUUACACAUAAAAAGUAACUUGCACAUAAAAAGUAACUUACACAUAAAAAGUUACUUGCACAUAAAAGUAACUUACACAUUAAAAGUAACGUGCACAUAAAAGUAACUUACACAUUAAAAGUAACUUGCACAUAAAAGUAACUUACACAUAAAAAGUAACUUGCACAUAAAAGUAACUUGCACAUAAAAGUAACUUACACAUAAAAAGUAACUUGCACAUAAAAGUAACUUACACAUUAAAAGUAACUUGCACAUAAAAGUAACUUACACAUAAAAAGUAACUUGCACAUAAAAGUAACUUACACAUUAAAAGUAACUUGCACAUAAAAAGUCACUUACACAUUAAAAGUAACUUGCACAUAAAAAGUAACUUACACAUAAAAAGUAACUUACACAUUAAAAGUAACUUGCACAUAAAAAGUAACUUACACAUAAAAAGUAACUUGCACAUUAAAAGUAACUUACACAUUAAAAGUAACUUACACAAGAAGCGCUACUAAGUUAUUUGCUAGUCACCGUUGGAGACCUAAAGAUACGGAGUGAUGAGAAGCUUGUAUUGUAACAGUGUUUGCACUCUUCUACAUUAUUACAUAAAAAACAGGGGACGGUUUUGCCUCAUCUGUUCAGUGCCUAAAAUGAAUGGAAAAGGACCCAGUAUGCUAGUCUGGUCCCUGAUCUGAUCCCACAGCCUGGUCCUAGAUCUGAUCCCACAGCCUGGUCCCAGAUCUGAUCUCACCUAGCCUGGUUCGAGAUCUGAUCCCCCUAGCCUGGUCCCAGAUCUGAUCCCACAGCCUGGUCCCAGAUCUGAUCUCACCUAGCCUGGUUCGAGAUCUGAUCCCACUAGCCUGGUCCCAGAUCUGAUCCCACAGCCUGGUUCCAGAUCUUAUCUCGCCAGCCUGACCCCCAGAUCUGAUCUCUCUAGCCUGGUCCCAGAUCUGAUCUCACUAGCCUGGUCCCAGAUCUGAUCAAGCCAGCCUGGCCCCCAGAUCUGUUUGUGCUCUAAUCCAUCCAGGCUACAUUAUAAUCCACCAAGGCUACAUUAUAAUCCACCCAGGCUACAUUAUAAUUCACCCAGGCUACAUUAUACUUCACCCAGGCUACAUUAUAAUUCACCCAGGCUACAUUAUAAUCCACCCAGGCUACAUUAUAAUCCACCCAGGCUACAUUAUAAUCCACCCAGGCUACAUUAUAAUCCACCCAGGCUACAUUAUAAUCCACCCAGGCUACAUUAUAAUCCACCCAGGCUACAUUAUAAUCCACCCAGGCUACAUUAUAAUCCACCCAGGCUACCAGUAUGUCAGAACUGCAGUGCUGUUUAUUGUCAAAACGAGUGAAAACUUGUGUUUCAUGAUUGGAGUCGAGUUUCCCCUAAAGGCUCAUGUUGAGUCAGUCUAGCAUUUCUCCCAUUAAUGUUCAGGGUUAAGCUUGGGGGAGGAGAAGCUGAUCCUAGGUCUGUACCGAGGGGAAACUUUAACCCCCAGAGACUCAUGAUUGGACAGUAACUAGGCUGUGUUUGAUGCCAGAAACAAAAUAAUGUAACUGUAAAAUAACAAACUGUUUGUCUGGGUAAAACUACAAUCUUAGUCUCCUCAAGAACGCUGAUGUGGAAUCUGAAGGUAUGAAGAGUUUCUAGUGUAAGACGAAGGAGCAGAAAAUAAACUCAGUGAUUAAAACGU